CGUUUCUUUACCUUAUCCGUUUCGUACCCGGUACACACCACAUUCGAGUUCGGUUUUCUGUGGAAUGUGUUUGUAAAAAGCGAGAAAAUCAUCGUUUCUCGGUUAACAAAAUAUUAUAGAUAUAUUAAAGCCAUCGAACCAAUUUGGAUUCAAAACUGAACAAAAAAAAUUGUUCAGUCUAUAAAACUACUAGGUAGUCAAUAUUAGUGCACUAGCAAACGUAGGGUGCGGGCGUAUUUGCGCCCCCCAGGAAAAAAGCUCCACACUGAAUUUCUCAAAUUUUAAAACCAGCAUCACCUCUAAUGUUAAUUUCUUGAAGCGACGGUUCAGCUCCGGCGAUUUAUCUUCCGAAUGUGACGAUACCGAUCCGAAUGAACUGCCAGCUACUGCUAGGCCACCUCUACAGCAACAGCCAAUGCCUCAGAGUGGACCGCCGAAUAUUCCUCCACCGCCAGCUCCUGGUACGGCACCAUCAGGUGGAACAAAUUCGGCUUCGAAAACGCCAGAUUUGUCGCUGAGCUUUGGCAAAGGUCCACCGAGAGGUACGAGUGCCCCGGCAAGUCCGGCCAAAUCAAGAGAAAGUCUACUUCAGCGCGUCCAGAGUCUAACUGGAGCUGCUAGAGAUCAAGGAGCAUCCAUUAUUGGAGCUGCUGUUUCCAGUGCUACACGACCAACAUUUAACAAAGACAAGUGCUUUACAUUACUAGUGCUAGAUGAUCAGAAUACAGACUGGACAAAGUACUUCCGUGGAAAACGUUUACAUGGAGACUACGACAUUCGAGUGGAACAAGCAGAAUUCAAGGAAAUUUCGCUAACGGCAAAUGCAGAUGCAGGAACAAUGGUGACAAUGGCAGUUUAUAGAGGUGGAACCAAGGUCGCACGUUCAUUCAGACCGGACUUUGUCUUAAUACGGCAGGCGCCUAGAGAUGGCUCUCGAGAUUUUCGGUCGACACUUCUAGGUCUGAAGUACGGCGGUGUGCCAUGCAUUAAUUCAUUGAAUUCCGUUUACCAGUUCCAGGACAAACCAUGGAUCUUUGCUCACUUACUUCAGUUGCAGCGUCGUCAGGGUCGAGAUGCUUUCCCAUUGAUUGAACAAACAUUCUUCCCGAAUGCCAGAGAUCUGUUCAGUUGGCAAAAAUAUCCGUGCGUCUUGAAAGCAGGCCAUUGUCAUGGAGGCGCAGCGACUGCACGCCUUGACAACCAAAGUGCACUCCAAGAUGCUGCAGGUCUUUUAACUGGUUCGUCAUCCGACGUACAAUGUUAUUGUACACUUGAGCCAUAUAUCGAUGCUAAAUUUGAUAUUCACAUUCAGAAAAUUGGUACAAACUAUAAAGCAUUCAUGCGUAAAUCGAUUUCUGGUAAUUGGAAAACAAAUCAAGGAUCGGCAAUGCUCGAACAAAUUGCUAUGACUGAGAAAUAUAAAGGCUGGCUAAAUGAGCUGUCUGACAUGUUUGGCGGAAUGGAAGUGUGCGGUAUAUCUAUAGCAGUAGCUAAAGAUGGACGUGAAUUCAUUUUGGGGGCAUCUGACAGUACACUUCAGUUGAUGGGAGAUACUCAAGAAGAUGACCGUAGACAAAUUGCCGAUAUUGUAGUGUCACGAAUGCAGAAUGUAUGUCGUCCACAAAUGGCAAAGACCGCUUCCAGAUCGUCCAUCUCGUCACGCGGCGGUAGUCCAACUGAUGAAAAUGUUCCACCCGCACCAACUGGUCCUCGGCCAGUUUCAACAAGCGGUCCACCACCGAUUCCCGAGCGCACUACUCCAGGACCAGGAUCCAUUGGACGUCACGGCAGUCUCAGUAGUGUUUCAUCGGAACCACCUGAACAACCGACCGAAAAGGCUCCGACAUUGUCUAGUGUUGGUCGCCGUGAUUCACAAGCGUCACAAUCGUCGAUCAUAUCAGGUGCUUCAAACACUUCCAGACAGACACCACAACGCCAAGCAACCGGACAAACUUCGGUGGCUGAAGAUGCAGAGGACACGAUGAAAAAUUUGAGGAAAACCUUUGCAGGAAUUUUCGGUGACAUGUAGGAUUUAGCAAACAAAAAACGUGGUAGAACGAGUACAGACUCAUCGGGAACUUCAAUAUUUAGUGCAAUAACAAUAAAACCAACUGCAACGACCGACACAACGGAAACUAUAAAACCAAAUUUACCGUCAAUUACAACCAAUACUGAAGAAUCAUCUGCUACUUCCAUCACUGCGGUAAAGUCUGACAAUGAGUCAUCAGUUACCGCAAUGAGUUCUUCCAAUGUUUUUUGUAACGCUGAUAAAGAAAUUAAGAAACCUGAAUUUAGAUCCAUGGAAAGGGUUAAUCCAUUCGACAAAAAUUCGUUAACGACAAAAAAGUCAUCGACUGAAUCCGAUGACAGUUUUGACAUCAUCGACUCCAAAUACAAAUCUUCAUUUGUACCUAGCGACGCUCCGAAAGAUGUUUAUUCGAAACUUUCUGAUACAAAAGGAAACGUCUCCACAGCUGGUGCAUUUAUUCCACCAUCCAACAAUUUUAGACGAGAUGUACGCUCCCACUCAAUUGCUACAAAUGACGAAUCGUCAAAAUAUGGCUACAAAGGCACAUCAUCAUUGGAUACAUUUACUAGUAAAGGAAAUUAUGAAGAACCGAAAAGCCAAAGCUCUUUAGACAGCUACAAGUCUGUAAGCAAUAAAUUUACACGAUCCAGUGGAUCGUUAUCUGAUGCUGAUAUCAUUUUCGGAGACCUAAAAAAUAAAUCGAAAAAUACAAGCGACUAUUCGAGUUACAGAAGUUCAACUGAGUCGGACAGUGUGUUUGGUAAAAGUGAAACGCCGAAAACAUCAUUCGACAAAAGUGUACCAUCCUACAAAAUCUACGACGGUAUCCAGAAUCACGCUUUCACCGAUUUCGAUUCGCCUAAAUCAUCUGGCCUAAGCCUAAGCAAUACAGAUGAUGAAGACUAUGAUUUAAAAUGAGAGCUGUUCUCGAAACAUUUAUAUUUUGAAAGCUUGGAUGAAAGAAAACCAGUUUUUAGUUCUGAUCUUAGAGCAUGAAACCGUAGUCGUGAAUGCACUGUACACACAAAGAUUUUGUUCAAACGUUUUAGGUUUCCAAUAAAAGAAAAAAAAAUAGUUUCAGACUAGUGUCCUACGACACUGUCAGUCCCUCCUAGGGCCAUGAUUGGUAGCCUGUGUCAUAGCAUUACACUAUUCGAUACGAAACAUAUUUAAAUAUUUUUGAGCCCUAGAAGGACUCUAAUAAUGUGGGUAGAUGUACUCGUUCAUCGUCACACAUCGUAGUUAAAUCAAAAAUAAAAGUCCUAGAUGACGAAUGAAAUUUCAAAAUAAAACCUGUCGUAACAGACCAGUCACAAGCGAAAAUUUGUUGUCUAACAGAACAUGUUUACUAAACAUUAGCGAAGACGAAGGGCUCACACAAAAAGUCAUACAACAACUAUUUUUCGUAUUGGGUAGUGUAAUAAUAUGGCCGUGUGACACUGGUGUAUAUUUGAUAGUCCCUUUUACAUAAAUUUUUAAGUUGACGAUUUAUGUGGAGAACAUCCAUGGAAAAAAUGAUCCUGAUUUGUGUGGUAAGAAAUGAUGUCGAUAGGAUCAAGUUUUGGAUAGUUAAUUUGUUGACAUACACAUGCACUCAGUAGAAUUGUUCCUUUGUUAUAGUGGGAGUUGAUAAAUAAAGUUAAGGAUUAGUUUUUGCAAGUAUAUAAGAUAAAUCCUAAAUAAAAAAAUAAGAAUAAAAAGAAACAACUU